CCGGGCGCGAGCUCCAGCUGCGGGCGCUGGUGACCCGCGGGGAUCGGGGCUCGGCGGUGGGAUCGGGGCUCGGCCGUGGGAUCCGGGCUCGGCCGUGGGAUCGGGGCCCCCGGCUCUGUGGCCUGUGAGUAGGGCUGUACGCCCUGGAGCACGGCAGGUCAGUUCUCAUUUACUUUUGAGAGCAUCCAUGCUUCACCAUGUUGAGAGCUAAGAAUCAGCUAUUUUUGUUAUCACCCCAUUACCUGAAGCAGCUAAAAUAUACAUCAGCCUCCAGAUGGAAACGGCUCCUACAUCAGCAGCAACCCCUUCACCCAGAAUGGGCUGUACUGGCCAAAAAGCAGCUGAAAGGCAAAAACCCAGAGGACCUAAUAUGGCGAACCCCAGAAGGGAUCUCUAUAAAGCCCUUAUAUUCCAGGGCAGAUACUAUGGACUUACCUGAAGAACUUCCAGGAGUGAAACCCUUCACACGUGGACCAUAUCCCACCAUGUAUACCUAUAGACCCUGGACCAUCCGUCAGUAUGCAGGCUUUAGUACUGUAGAAGAGAGCAAUAAAUUCUAUAAGGACAAUAUUAAGGCUGGUCAGCAGGGAUUGUCCGUUGCCUUUGACUUGGCAACACAUCGUGGUUAUGAUUCAGACAACCCUCGAGUUCGUGGAGAUGUUGGAAUGGCCGGAGUUGCUAUUGACACUGUGGAAGACACCAAAAUCCUAUUUGAUGGCAUUCCUUUAGAAAAAAUGUCUGUUUCCAUGACCAUGAACGGAGCAGUUAUCCCAGUCCUGGCAACAUUUAUAGUAACGGGGGAAGAGCAAGGCGUGCCCAAAGAGAAGCUGACAGGCACAAUUCAGAACGAUAUCCUGAAAGAAUUUAUGGUCAGAAAUACUUACAUUUUCCCACCGGAACCAUCCAUGAAAAUUAUCGCUGACAUUUUCCAGUACACAGCACAGCACAUGCCAAAAUUUAAUUCCAUUUCGAUUAGUGGGUACCAUAUGCAGGAAGCAGGAGCUGAUGCCAUUCUAGAACUGGCCUAUACCAUCGCAGAUGGGUUAGAAUACUGCAGAACCGGACUCCAGGCUGGACUCACAAUUGAUGAAUUUGCACCAAGGUUGUCUUUCUUUUGGGGAAUUGGGAUGAACUUCUACAUGGAAAUAGCAAAGAUGCGAGCUGGGAGAAGACUUUGGGCUCACUUAAUAGAAAAAAUGUUCCAGCCUAAAAACUCCAAAUCUCUUCUUCUGCGAGCACAUUGCCAGACGUCAGGGUGGUCACUUACUGAGCAGGAUCCCUACAAUAACAUUGUCCGAACUGCGAUUGAAGCCAUGGCAGCUGUAUUUGGAGGGACACAGUCUUUGCAUACAAAUUCUUUUGAUGAAGCUCUGGGAUUGCCUACUGUGAAAAGUGCUCGAAUUGCCCGAAACACACAAAUCAUCAUUCAGGAAGAAUCUGGGAUCCCCAAAGUGGCUGAUCCUUGGGGAGGAUCAUACAUGAUGGAAUCCCUCACAAAUGAUGUUUAUGAAGCUGCUCUGAAGAUCAUAAAUGAAGUUGAAGAAAUGGGGGGAAUGGCCAAAGCUGUAGCUGAAGGAAUACCUAAGCUUCGCAUUGAAGAAUGCGCUGCCCGAAGACAAGCUAGAAUAGAUUCUGGUUCUGAAGUCAUUGUUGGAGUAAAUAAGUAUCAGUUGGAGAAAGAAGACUCUGUAGAAGUCCUGGCCAUUGACAAUACUUCAGUGCGUAAGAAGCAGAUUGAGAAACUUAAGAAGAUCAAGUCCAGCAGGGAUCAAGCUUUGGCUGAGCGGUGUCUCGAGGCACUUACCCAGUGUGCUGCCACCGGAGAUGGCAAUAUCUUGGCUCUAGCUGUGGAUGCAGCUCGUGCAAGAUGUACAGUUGGGGAAAUCACAGAUGCUUUGAAAAAGAUUUUUGGUGAGCAUAAAGCUAAUGAUCGUAUGGUGAGUGGAGCAUAUCGGCAGGAGUUUGGAGAAAGUAAAGAGAUAACAUCUGUCAUCAAGAGAGUUAGUAAAUUCAUGGAACGUGAAGGUCGCAGACCCCGUCUUCUUGUGGCAAAAAUGGGACAAGAUGGCCAUGAUAGAGGAGCCAAGGUCAUUGCUACAGGAUUUGCUGAUCUUGGUUUUGAUGUGGACAUAGGCCCUCUUUUUCAGACUCCCCGGGAAGUGGCUCAGCAGGCCGUGGAUGCAGAUGUGCAUACUGUGGGCGUCAGCACGCUUGCUGCUGGUCACAAAACCCUCGUCCCUGAGCUGAUCAAAGAACUGGCUGCCUUGGGACGGCCAGAUAUCAUUGUCACGUGUGGAGGCGUGAUUCCACCACAGGAUUAUGAAUUUCUAUAUGAAGUUGGUGUUUCCAAUAUAUUUGGUCCUGGCACCCGGAUUCCCAAAGCCGCCAUGCAAGUACUUGAUGAUAUUGAGAAGUGUUUGGCAGAGAAACAGCAAUCUAUGUAACAUGUGGCUCUUUAGUUAUUACCAAAGAAGAGUAAAGCUGUGUCUUCAGGUAAUUCCAACACCUGUCAAUGUGCCUGACUUGGCAGCCCUGCAGUAAAAGACCCACAUUAUAAACAUGAUGUCAUGCUAAUACACACAUUUGAAGAGUCUGAGUUUAAAAAUAAAAUUCUCUAAAAGCCAUUUACACCGAAUAUCUCUCAGAUACAUUAUUUUGAAAAUUACAAUGGUACACUGCUUAGAAAUAACUAAUAAUACAAGUACUUAUAAAUAAUUAAACUUUUUUUUUUGAGACAGAGUUUCACUAUGUAACUCUGGCUAUUUUGUAAACUCACUAUGUAGACCAGGCUGUUCUCAAACUCACAGAGAUCCACCUGCCUCUGCCAUCCUAGUGCUGGGAUUAAAGGCAUGUGCUAACAUACCAGGCAAAUAAUUAAACUCUACAUGUACAGAUUUGAUUGAUGCCUUCUGUCAAUUUUGUGCUGAUUGGAGUACUGGAAACUUAAGUUCCUGUGUUAAUGUAGUGAUAAAAUAUUAACAUUUAUCUCAGAAGAAAGAGUGGAGGGCAUUUGCGUGUGGAAAUAGAUUGAGGUUAUGAUCCUCAGCAGAUCUACCAUUGCUUCAGUUAAAGUAUUGCUUCAUACCCUGCUUGAUGGAAUAGGGGGCAAAGACAGAUCUGCCUUCCAGGAAUGUUCAGUUCCUCCUCAGCGUGAGAAUGUGAUGUCUUUAAUGCCAGACUUGGCUCAGGACUCAGGAAAAGGAUGUUUGUGAACACUUGCUUAAACGAAGUGGAUUCAUGUGGAUUCUUCUGGAAUGGUGAUCUAAGUCUAUUACACAAAAUAAGUAUGUCUUCAGAUCUACAACAUGCUGAUUUGUGUACAUUUAUUAUUAAGGUCACAAAAAUAAAAAUAGUUCAUGGAACCCUUGUAGUGUGAUGUUAAAGAAUUCAUUCAGUAAAGGAAGAGAAUCGGUCUUUGUUAGCAAAUGGAGUUCAAUGGAGGUGAAGUAAGUAAUGAGGAUUCCUUUGUAAAUUUCUGUAUCAUACAUCAGAUAGUAGGGUUUGGAGGGCAUAAUCAUAUAUUGCUAUAGAAUUAAACUGCAUUGUAAUACAGUUUAAUUUUCAGAAUCCGACUCUUGGGAGGGCAUCUUGAUUAUUGUUUUCAUUUCAGAGAUGAGCAGUUUGACUUCAACAUCAGCAGUGUAUUCAUUGGGUCAUCUUGUAAUUUUUACAUAAAGAAAUACAUAUUCAAUAAAUAUUUUGUUCCUGG